AAAACUGGUACCAACUUGCUUUUAUAGUUUUCCACCAGAAUUCUCAGGUUUCUUGAUGGAAUCUCGUCCAAACUACGAGAAAAAUUUAGUUGGUGCUUGUGAAAGUGACCGAAAUUGAAAUUUUUCAAAUGAAACACACGAGUAGUAUAAUGAAUAAAUCCUUAGGUAAGAUUUAACUGCAAUCAAAGUUUUUAUAUCCAACCCAGUUGUUGCAGAGCAACUCGAAGUUCAACAAAAAGAGCAAAAACCUACAGAAAUAGAAUGCUGGAUUGAUUCUAUGUGAGUUCGAACCCUACUGAGAAAUCUUGGGGAUAUUAUCAUCCAAUAAAAUCAAAUUCUCCGCAAUCGUUAAAAAUAUGAUAAGAUAUUUUUUGAUAUGACAAGACAAUCUCUAAUGAAGAACAAAUCUUUGCAAUCAAUAACAUAACUCAUAAAGAUUCCUUAAAAUUGAGGAAAAACUCCGAAACUGCUCGAGAAAAUGGUUGACGUUAUUGGUAUUUUCAAUAAUGUGGUUAAUUACUUGUCCAGCGUUGGUUCGAAACUUGGAGAUGUUUUCGGAAAAGUUGCAAACUGUAUAACCAGUAUAACGUGGUCAGAUCUGUGGUCAUCACCUAAGACAUCUCUGAAUGAUACGAUCAAGGGUAUCAUAGAGGAGUUCAAGAAGUUAUGGAACACUAUCAUGGGUUUAAUAUUUGGUUCUUCUAAUGAUGAUGACGAUGACGAUAACAAGAAAAAGGACACUGAAAGCAAGAAGAAGAGAAGGAGGAGGCAUGUUCUGGAAUAGCUUUUCUGGAAACAAUAUCUUUGUUUCGAUCAGUAAAAGUUUUAGCCUAUUCCGAUUCUGUUAAAAAUAUUAUUUUUUGAUCUUACUUUUCCUAAUUAUUCUUGUGCUUAAAAAAACUUUUGAUCUCA